AUGGCCGACAGCAAAAUUAAUAAUAAUAAAGAUGAUUAUAUAUUAAAGAUAAAUUAUCUAUUUAACAAAAUUGAUGUCGACACUGGGACUUCCCAAGCGGUCCCCCACCUUAGUACUAACCCAGCCUUAAGGCGCUUAACUUCGGAGUUCGAAUGGGAUCCGGUGUUUUCACCUUAGUAUGGCCGACAUCAAAAUUCUUGUUUUGAUUGA